CAUCUAAGUUUGCUUGCGUUCUUUCAAACAGGUUUUCUCAUAGAAUCUGAAACAGCAAGUUAUCAAUGGCAGGAACUGGGUUUCCGGGGUUUAUCAUUGUCUUUGGUCUAUUAGCGUUUAUAGGCUCAACUAAUGCUCAAUUGCAGAUGAACUUUUAUGCUAAAAGCUGUCCCAAAGCUGAGAAAAUUAUCUCAGAUUAUGUUAAAGAACACAUCCCUAAUGCUCCAUCACUGGCUGCCUCUUUCAUUCGCAUGCACUUCCAUGAUUGCUUCGUCAGGGGCUGUGAUGGAUCAGUGCUUUUAAACUCCACCAAUGGCCAAUCACCAGAAAAGAAUGCUGUCCCGAAUCAAACUCUAAGAGGCUUUGAUUUCAUUGACAGAGUGAAAAGCUUGGUUGAAGCUGAAUGCCCAGGCAUUGUCUCUUGUGCUGAUAUCCUUACUUUAGUUGCAAGGGACUCAAUCGUCACCGUUGGAGGUCCAUUUUGGCAAGUUCCAACAGGUCGAAGGGAUGGAGUGAUCUCAAAUGUUACUGAAGCUAACAACAAUAUUCCAAGCCCAUUCAGCAACUUCACAACUCUCCUUACACUUUUCAACAACCAAGGACUCGAUACAAAUGACUUGGUCCUCCUAUCCGGGGCUCACACCAUCGGCAUAGCUCACUGCCCAGCAUUUUCACGCCGAUUGUACAAUUCGACCGGCCCUGGGGGAGUAGACCCAACGCUUGACAGUGAAUACGCAGCUAACCUCAAAACAAACAAGUGUACAACACCCAAUGAUAACACCACAAUAGUUGAGAUGGACCCUGGAAGCCGUAAGACCUUUGAUCUUAGCUACUACACAUUGUUAACCAAAAGAAGGGGUCUUUUCAAUUCCGAUGCUGCUUUAACUACGGACUCCACUAGCUUGGGUCUUAUCAACCAGCUUCUUUCGAGCCCUCAGUCGUUUUUCUAUGCUCAGUUUGCAAAGUCUAUGGAGAAAAUGGGUCGGAUUAAUGUCAAAACAGGAUCCCAAGGUGAGAUAAGGAAGCAAUGUGCACUCGUCAACAGUUAAAAAAGACACUUAAUUCAGCUGAAGAAGGUUCCUUCAAAAUUGUAUAGGGAAGUUUCAUAGUGUGGUCUCGGUGGGUGCUCUGUGUGUGUGUGUGUCAUGUCCUGAAUAAUUGGGCUCACUGUUAUGUUUUUUCUUCUUUUUCCUUUUUAUGUUCUUUUUUUGUUGUUGAGCUCAAUGGGUUUCAUAAUCUUCAUAUGUUAUGUAUUUGGGUGGAUUGAAUAAUUUAUUCUUAAUUUAUUAACUUUACGUUUGAUA